AUGUACUAUCCGCAGCAGCAACAAGCUAAGAACAUGCAUGCUUUAAGGAUGCACAACCCUACUGAGAGGCAUAUGAUGAUGCAAGGAGGCAAUGGAACUGGUGAUUCAGGACUUGUUCUUUCAACUGAUGCUAAGCCUAGACUAAAAUGGACACCAGAUCUUCAUGAACGGUUCAUAGAAGCAGUCAAUCAACUUGGAGGAGCAGACAAAGCUACACCAAAAACAGUAUUGAAACAGAUGGGGAUUCCUGGACUUACUCUCUACCAUUUAAAGAGUCAUCUACAGGUAACAUGUUAUUUCAAUGAAUGACCAAUAUAAUUAAUAUAAGAUGUAUUUAAUUUUGGCCAUAUUAUUUAUUUAAAUUUCCAGUUUAAUUAUGAUAAUGUUAUGUAGAGAUUGCAAUUCAAGUAGUGAAGGUGAACACCAUGACACAUGUUUACUUGUAAAUAGUUGGUUACUUGAUUUGGAUUUUUUAUGUUCCUUUCAAGACAUGAAAACAAAAUCAAUCUUUUGAAACUUAGCCAAAGAAUCAGUUAAUUAUAAAAUAGAACCUGCUCACUAUUCUGUUGUAACUGGUAAACUAAUUAGCUUUUGUAACAGAAGUAAAUUUC